AAUGUUUUUCAGUGUCUAUGCUUUUCUUGUAAAGGUGGCGCAUGCGUUUGAAUUUAACUAAAAAUGAUCUAGACUAGAUCUAGAGAAAAGACCAAAAGUCCUAAGCCGUAGAGAAAAUGAUUUAGACAUGGUUGAAUUUGUAUUCAUAACAAGACAAUCUACAAAACAUGGUUUCAUUAACGAAUAAUUGGUUUAAAUCUGAGGUGCUGUUCUGGAGAAGUUUAGCAAGUUUAAUUUGGUCAGGAUUGCUUGUUCCAAUUUUUAUACUCCUAUUUGUCUCAUUGUCUGGGCUCUCUAUAAUCCACCCCCUACAGUGGUUAUAUGAUUCUCUAACUGUUCCAUUUGGUUCAUCAUUUUGGUUGACAACAUUUGUUGUUGCAACUUGCUUGUUAUUAAUAUCUUGGUUUUCUCUUUCUCACUUUUCAGUUGUUGCAGAUGUUAAUGCCACACCUCUGAAUGCUUUUGCUGCUUUGUUUUGUUGGUCUCGACUUCCACUCCUAACUGUCAGCCUUCUUUGUGGUGCUGUAACUACAUGGAGUUUAACAAGAAUUUUGGGAAGCCAAUACAAGUCUUUCACUCAAGUUAAGAUCAUAGAUAGAGUUGAGCUACAAGCAUUAAAUGAAUACAAUUUUUUCCUUACUCUAAAUGGCAUAGUUUCUGCUGGCUAUGCUCACUGGUUGUUUUUUCUUUCUCACCAGUAUUACCUUCAAUUUUUACAUGUUCAGAAAUUCAAAUUGUUCCACAUUAGAAGUGAUGCAUUAGAUCUUCUUUUAUCUUGUACAUGGCAGUCUUUUCAAGUUGUCAAAUAUUACUUUAUUUUGUAUUUAUUGUUUGGUGAAUUGUUCAAAAGCUGGAUUAGUAAUUCUUUCACCAUUGUUAUCAACACUGAGGUCAUGCAACUGAAUUCUUUCUUGGGUUUAUUAAACUUCAAUCUUAUGUGGCAGACAUAUUUGUGUACAUUUUUUAUCCUUUUCUCCUGGUCCAUUGCAAGAGCAAUAAUCAGAAUAUUCUUGAAAGAUCAAAUGGAAUUUCUCAUUUCUCCUGUAUUGGAAAAAGAUAAAGAUCAUACUCUGCCUACAGCACUAGUGUGUUCUGCUUCACCUCUUUUACAGCAUUUAGCUUUUUUGGAUCUGAGUCAAUUGGCUAGAUUCUCAUCAUCGAGGCGACAAGAACUUGUAAGUCUGAGUCAACCUGGUGGUCAUCCACGGACUUGGGUAGCUGUUAGUUCAUCUGCUUUGGGCAUAAUCAAUGAACUAAUUGACAGUGUGAAGGAAGAAAAUUGGUCAAUUUUGUCAAAGGUCAAAUCACAAGGUCAAUGUAGCAAUGAACCCACAGUUUCAGCCAGUAAAGAGAGCUUUGGAGUUGAUUUGAAUGUGUCACUCCAUGUAUCAAAGCUCUUUUCUUCCAUGAGUUCAGUUCCUGUCAUCUCAUAUCUGGUGACUGAGUAUCCAGAUGUGAUAAGCAGAAGUAUUUUUGCAUCAUGUCAGCUUCAGAUCUGGGCAGUGGAAGGCAUCUCACACUUAGCAUCUAGAGCAAUCAAUGAAGAUAAAUAUGGUGUUGUACAGAGUUAUCUACCCACAGUCUUUUGCACAUUAUUAGAUCUCUAUGAGGUGACAGAGAAACACUUUAAGUUAACAAGUUGUGUUCUCAGAAAAUAUAAUGGCAGUUCUGGAAGUCUUCCUGAUGCCUUACUUAGAUUCAAGCUACAUUUCACAACCAAGACUGCUUUGUAUAGAUUAGUGGGCACAUAUAAACAGUAUUUAGAGGAUCUUCGACUACAUCAAGAUUAUUACAAAAAGCUUCAACCUUUUAUUGAUUACUUGGUUUAGUUGUUUGUUGUUUUUUUUUUGUUUUUUUUUUUCAUUUUGAACCAUACUGUGUUCAAUGUUUCUGAUAAUUUAUAAAUUGAGUAAAAUGUUUUUGAUCUUUCAAUUUUUGAACUUUAAUUUAACAAAAUUUAAUAAAUAAAUGAUUGUUACAAACAAGUUUAUGAGAUGUAUACUAUGAAAUGUGGGCAUAUAACUAUUUAGUUUCAGUUUUAUUACAUAGUGACUCAAUUAUUGAAGUUUAUUGUGUGAUUUUGAAUCUGCUCUCAAUAUAAAUAUUUUUGUUUAGACUCUGUCUAGAACAAUAAAAAAAAAUAAUUUUUUUAGCUCUUCUCUGUCACGAAAAAGAAAAACAACUUGUCGUCAUUAUGAGCUUUGAACUGAUCGGGAUUUUGACUCUUAAUUUGAAACAAAGAUGUAUAGAUUAAUCAUUAAAAAAUUUCUGGUCGAGUUUGUCUGAAGAGUACUGCAAUAUUUCAAAACAACCUGUUUUUUUAUUUCUGUUUCCAACAACCUAUUUGUGAGAAGCAGGAUUUUAAAAACUUUGUUGCACUAAAGUGAAAGUGUAUAUAUAUCGAUAAACAAGCAGCUUAAGAAAGAAAGAAAUCUAAAUUUAAAUAGAUUUUGGUUUAACUAUUAUUAUUUUUGCAAAGAUAGUAUUGACUCACCUUGGCUGGUACGAAUUUUAAACACAUUCCAUUCUCUAAUCAAGUUGAAACUUUGCACAAUUAUUCAUUGUUUCUAACAAAACAUGAAUCGCUAUAAAAAAAAGCAAGCCAACUAGUCAAUUAAAUAAUGGUAAUUAAUUAAUUUUGUUUGAUAUUGAAAAGUGGAAAUAAAUCUUACAGCAUUGAGA